AUGAACACGUUAUUGGCUGCCAUGUCACAGAUGAUGCAAGUACAGGAUACACGCAUGUCAGAGAUGUCAUCACAGCUGUCAUCACAGAUUUCCUCGCAGCUGGAAGCACAGAAAACGUACAUGUCAUCGCAGCUAGAUGAAAAGAUUACUCAGCUACAAGAGAAUUUAUUUAAAGAUAACGCGGAACUCAGAGAGAGACAGGAUAAAAUCGAGGAACGACAAGAUAAAAUCGAAGAGCUAAUUCAGGAGAAAGUCGAGGCUAAGGUAGAAGAGUUGGAAGGUCGCCUCCGAGAUAUGCAGUUGAAUCGCCCACCUUCUUCGACCAGCGCGCCCAAGGCUAAACUCAACAAUAGAGAUGCUAGCAUAUCGUUACUUACAUCGGAAAUAAAAACUCUUCGUAUUGCUUGCGCUCUGCCUGCAGUUUCGCAUUCUUCCUCACCUGCUGUUUCGUCACCGGUCUCCGCUGUUUCGAACACAGAAACUGCUACCACUAAACCAGCGAAUAAGACGAAGCCAUUUAGUUCUUCUAAUGCUCCUACGUCGCUCAGUGGUGCUGCUGCAUUAGCUGGCGCUGUUCUCAAUAAUACAGCUACGAAAACAACAUCUACUACCAACUCUAAUUCAUCGAACAGUCUCAAAAAAUGCCAGCGUAAUCAUUCUAAGCAAACGCAGCAAAGUCCCAAGAGUUUGAAUGCUCCUCAGCUUACUGUUACUGACGCUGAGAACUCGCACCAACCUUCUGCCGAUGCUGGCAUCUCUGCCGACGUAGCCAUUGUGCAUGGGACUAAUGCUGAAAUGUUAUCACCGAAUUCGCUUACCGGUGCCAUUCGCAAUCAAAUAG